CAUACAUAUGUUUACAACCAAAACCUAACCUGCCUUGACCUCGUUGUGUAGUGCCUUUGGUCUCAAGUGUCAGCCAAGAAACGUUGUUUUGGCUUUGUCUAGUCAGUUGGCUCGUUAGCUUUUGACAUGGACUGCAAAGUUUGCAACAGUGCAGUCUCCAAGUACAAGUGCCCCUCUUGCAGAAUACCCUAUUGUUCACUGGCUUGCUGGAAGACACACAAGAGCGUAGAAUGUGAUAAAGUACCUGCCACUCCUUCAACCAUCACACCUGCCGAGCCAUCGAACACAGUUAUUCCUGAAACACCUGCAGCAACGUACAACUUCCCUACCGAGGACACUGUGCCACCUGAGAAGUUAAAAGAACUAGGUGAUAAUCAACAGUUAAAGGAUAUAUUGUGUAACCCACAUGUACGUGCAAUUAUAUCGUCCCUUGAUAAAGCGACCAAUCCUAGGCAGCUCCUCCAUGAAGCAAUGCAGGAACCUAUAUUUGUAGAAUUUGUUGAUGAAUGUAUGAGAACAGUUAAUCCUCCAUCAAAAGAAGAAUUAGAGGAAGCAAUGAUGCAAUUGUAGUAUUUUUGAUGCUUGCUUGUGUGUUUUUUUGUGUGUGUUUUUUUUCUGUUAGUCAUAUUUUGUGAUGGAAUCUUAGCUGUGAAGCAGUGCUGUAUCCUUUGUUUUGUGGAGUGAUGGCUUGGUUGUAAUCAAGCAACAAACUUGUUGUUUUGGAUUUUACUGUAUUUACUAGACACAUUAUCUUUUGUAAACUAAUAAUUAAGUACAACUGCAAAUUGCAGAACUACAAAAAAAGUUAUAUUUUGAUCAUGUUACAUGAAAUUUUAUUUUAAUUAUUUGAACACCUGUAGGUUCCUAUAAUCAAUGUCAGUCAUAACGGAAAUCAUGCUGGCAGUGGUUUAUCUUUGUACAAACAAUUACUUACAAUGAUUAAUUACAAACUAUUCACACAA